AUUUGUCCCUAGAGAAAUUAUGAGAGGGCUAAGCUUCUAAUACCAUUAUUGCUAAGUCCAUAAGCUCCUUGCCUAAAAUUUGAAAAAGGGUCAUAAGGAAACAAAAAAAGAACUCAAGAGUGAAGAUAGAUCGGCAAGCACAUUGCGGUCUCGCUGCUUAAUCCAGAAAACCUUGUGGACUGACUAUUUCCAGCUAAAAAAAGAAGGAAGAGAAUUGCUCUCUGCAACUUUGGCCUCAUCAUUAUUACACUACGUCACUACCUGAUGGAGACAUGAUCCCAAUAAAGAUCCUUCCUUCUCUGCCGUGGUGGAGCUUGAUUAGAACGAAACUGCGCCCACCAGUGCUGCUAACAUGUCCUCCAAAAAGAAAGAGCUUCUGUCCACUGCCAUGAAGCGAACCAGUGAAUGGAUUUUCUCGCAGGAAAUCCCCAGCGAUGUCACUGUUCUUGCUGGAGGAGUUUCCUUUUCAUUGCAUAAGUUUCCCUUAGUCUCAAAGUGUGGAUACAUAAGGAAAAUGGUAUCUGAAUCUAAUGAUGCCGAUCUUUCUGAGAUUCAAACCCCUGAUAUCCCUGGCGGGGCAGAAGCAUUUGAACUUGCAGCCAAGUUCUGUUAUGGAAUAAAUUUCGAAAUAAGUAUAGAAAACAUUGCCUUGCUUCGAUGUGUGGCAGAGUAUCUAGAGAUGACUGAGGAUUAUGCAGUUGGAAACUUAGUGGCAAGAACUGAAGCCUACUUGAGCGAAAUGGCACUUAAGAGUCUUGCUGGGGCAGUUUCUGUCUUGCACCUAUCAGAAAACCUCCUUCCACUGGCAGAGAAAAUAAAAUUGGUGAGUCGAUGCAUAGAUGCAAUAGCAUUCAUGGCCUGCAGGGAAAGCCAAUUUUCUAUGACAGGCAGGUCUGAUACUGGCAACGAGGGCAUCCUUUCUUCCACAAUGUCUCAACCAAAGCCCAUUGUUGAUUGGUGGGCUGAAGAAUUAACUAUUCUUAGGAUUGAUAUCUUCCAAAGAGUUUUGGUUGCAAUGAUGGCUAGAGGAUUCAAACAAUAUGCUCUUGGUCCCAUACUUAUGCUUUAUGCACAGAAAUCACUACGAGGUUUGGAAAUAUUUGGAAAGGGGAGGAAGAAAAUUGAACUUCAACAAGAGCAUGAAAAGAGGGUUGUUUUAGAGACAAUUGUUAGUCUUCUGCCAAGGGAGAGGAAUGUACUGUCAGUUAGCUUUCUAUCUAUGCUGCUACGUGCAGCAAUAUAUCUCGAAACAACAGUUGCUUGCCGGCUUGAUUUGGAGAAGAGGAUGGCCUUGCAAUUAGGACAGGCUGCCCUGGAUGAUCUCUUGAUUCCUUCUUAUUCAUUCACUGGGGACACAUUGUUUGAUGUGGAUACAAUUCAGAGGAUCAUGAUGAAUUACCUCGAAUACACAGUGGAAGGAAACCGAUUGGGCUACCAAGCAGAUGGUGAGUAUGUUUCUCCCCCACCAAGUGACACGGAACGAGUUGGGAAGCUGAUGGAGAACUACCUAGCCGAAAUAGCCUCUGACAGGAAUUUAACUGUUUCAAGAUUCAUUGGUCUUGCUGAACUUAUUCCUGAACAAUCAAGGAUAACAGAAGAUGGGAUGUAUAGAGCCAUAGACAUCUUCCUCAAGGCUCAUCCUGCUUUAAGUGACAUGGAAAGGAAGAAAGUCUGCAGUUUGAUGGAUUGUCAGAAGCUGUCGAGGGAGGCUUGUGCUCAUGCUGCCCAAAAUGACCGGCUUCCUGUUCAGACUGUGGUUCAGGUGCUAUACUACGAGCAACAGCGUCUUCGAGAUGUCAUGAAUGGCAAUCCAAUGGGUGGUGAUUCCCCUGCACUUCCUUCCAAAGUGAACUUAUACUCCACUGAUAUCCAUGCUGUCUCUGAUGAGAUCUCCAAACUAAAGAGAGAGAAUGAAGACCUGAAAAUAGAGCUUGUAAAAAUGAAAAUGCGAUUGAAGGAAAUCGAAAAGUCUGGUGGCAGGUCAGCCACAGGCAGUCCAAUGUCCAACACUUCGCCAUCUGCUGAUAAACCUCCUUUGCCUCGAAGAUCAUUUAUAAAUUCUGUAUCCAAAAAGCUUGGACGGCUUUAUCCUUUUGUGCGUUCUGAGGGUAAUUCCAUUGCCAAGACUCGGGCAAGACCCAGCAAGAAUCGGCGGCAUUCCAUAUCCUGAAACAUGGGUUCACCAUCGAGCUCUGCGCUUCAUGGAGAGUAUAGUGUCUGUUACUUCUUUUUGGGAGCUUUGUUUUUAAGACAGGCUUGAGAACACUGGUUGCUAGCUAGCUAGCUCUCUGUUUUCAUUUUCUCCUUUUAUCUCUCCUUCUGCGAUUUGUGUGAUAUUCUUGUAAAUAACAAUGUCACUGAGUCUUUAUAUCAUCAAUAAAAUAUAUGACUGAAAGGCUAAUUACUCAA